CGGGCUGCCGAUCCUCCUGAGCCACGCAGGCAGGAGAUGGCACGUAGCAGACAAAGCAAGCUGCCAGCUGCUGGCCGCCAGGCCGCCAGCAGAUCCCAGGGAGCGGCCCCUUUUUCUUGGCCAACCUAGUUGAAUUGAACUGCUGUUUCAAAUGCUUCCACCACCGUCCCUACUGCCGGUCGCGAAAGUGGACCCUUACAUUCGCUCCAAUCUGACUGGCAGGACUGGGUCUCCCGAUCUGCCCAGUCUCGCCAGUGUCCCUGGCACGGCCCUGGGCUGCCUGGCUGGUCCCUGGCACGGCCCAGUGCUUCCAUUUCUGGCAGCCUUGAUCAUGAUUCAAUGGCUGAGCUGCGUCUGUGUGGGGACGGCUCAAGGACAGGGCAGGCUGCAUUACACGAACGGCAGCCCAUCCCAAAUUAUUAUUUCCUCUCCUCGAAGCUCGCGCCGGGCUGGCAUUUUUCUUAUCCCCAUCUCUGUCUGCAUGACAUCGCUCGCCGCCGUUGAUCCCUUUAACUUUGAGCAUCUCGAUUCCCUCAAACCGUGCAACCGUCUCUUCUUACAAAGUUCCCUAGGUCUUGCUAUUUAAGCUCUGGUCGCUCCCGUCACUAUUUACAUUCGCCUCCCCUGGUGGUAUAAUUCGACCAGCCAGGCUGUCCCGAGCCUGAAGCUUCCAGAGCUCACCAGUGCCCUGCUCCUCUUUCGAGCUGUUCUCCGAUUAACUUCACACCCAAUAUGGCGGAAGGCGGAGAAUACCACGCUCCCAACACCACUGCCAACGGAGACGGCGAUGUCGCCGCGCAUCGCACACGCCGGCCAUCCGAUGAACAACCUCCUUUAGAGCAGGUUGAGUCCAUACUGCGAUCCAGAGCAAACACGCCGAAUCCUUUCAGCCGGCAACAUACGAGCUUAGACCUCGACGAUUAUUUUACUGGCCCACGAGACAUUCUGAAGCAUUCGAAAUGGCCCAUGUUCAUGCAGAUGCAUGGCAGCAUCUUGCCAAAAAUGAUAAUACCGCUGUUAAUCCUCGGUGGCUGGGCCUCGUGCAUCACACUCGUCACGCGGCUCACAGACGUCAAACUCAGCGUGCAAUCGACCCUGCUCACGGUUACCGGUUUCGUCGUCAGUCUUGGCUUGAGCUUCCGCAACUCAAGUGCCUAUGAGCGGUACAUGGAGGGCCGAAAGUAUUGGGCUCAGCUCAUCUUGACGUCGCAAAAUCUGGGACGCGUCUUCUGGGUCCACACCAAGGAACGCCCCGACAGUAAGGAGAAGGACAUCCUUGCCAAGCUCACGGCGAUGAACCUCCUUGUCGCAUUCGCCGUCUCACUCAAGCACAAGCUCCGCUUCGAGCCCUACACUGACCACGAAGAUCUGAAGAACCUUAUCGGGCACCUGGAUACGUUCGCUCAACAGGCGACCCUGGAGACUCCCGAGACCGCUCUGCCACGCAAGCACAACAAGCUAAGGGAGGCUGGCGAGUAUCUCGGUGUGUCGUUCGCGGCCAGCAACCCCCGGAAGGCCAUCAAGAAAGCUGUCCGGCCCCUGGGAAACCUGCCGUUGGAAAUUCUGAGCUACCUGGCCUCCUAUAUUGAUGAAGUCAUUGAGGGCGGCCAGCUUUCCAUCCCAAUGCAACAGACUCUGGCCUACAACAACCUAGCUGCACUUAACGACGUCCUCACUGGCACUGAGCGUGUGCUCACUACACCUCUGCCCAUCGCAUAUGCCAUUGCCAUCUCGCAAAUUACAUGGGUAUACGUGUUCCUCCUCCCGUUCCAGCUUGUCGGCGGUCUAGGCUGGGUGACGAUCCCCGCAACCGUGGCGGCCGGCUACAUCAUCCUGGGCCUGUUAUUUAUUGGCCGCGAGAUCGAGAACCCGUUCGGGCAGGACGUCAACGACCUGCCGAUGGAGCUGUACUGCGCGCAGAUCGCCUCGGAGCUGGACGUGAUUGCGUCCAAGCCCAAGCCCCAGGCCCGCCAGUGGAUCGAGACCCUCGACAACAAGGUGCUGUGGCCGCUGAGCCAGAGCGGCUGGAACGUGUGGAUGCACCGUGGCGAGAGCAAGCUGCGCGAGGCGCUCACCACCAAGACGGAGCUGGGCUACGAGGACCGCCAGCCCGCGAGCAAGGCCGGCACCGAGACCAAGAGCGAUGCGACAACUGCCAUCAACAGCGUCUGAUGAGAGCGUGGAUGACAUUCCGGGUGCGAAUUGUGUGGUACAACUAGGUCUAGGCCAGGGGCGAAUUUUCAGGUCAUACUGUGGUCGCGAGCCACCUCGGAGGGAACCAGAGACUUGUGUUCCACCCAUCUGAGUCGUUCUCGGCAAAGACGAUCUGCCUUGCGCCGCGGCCGCCGCCGCCUAUCUCCAAAUACCCGUCCUUGAUAAUUGCGGCAAAUUGUCCUGGGCACCCCUCUGUGGUGACAGACUGAGCGUUCAAAAUUGGCGAAUUGAUUUUAUUUGUCUUGUUGUUUUCAGCAGCACUGCCUGUUUCUAUGCAUUGCAUUGCUGGCCCUCGAGGCCCGGUAAACAUCACAUGUGCGGCACCAGAAGACGUGGCUCAACAGCCCAAUGCAUUGGAGAAGGAAACACAAAAUCGUCAUGGUUCAUCAUAGAUCACCAUGCCACGUGGGGACGGCGUCAUCGAAUCACUUCUCUUUUUACACAUCACGAUAGCAUCGGAGGCCACGCGAGCUGUCCCCAUGUUGCGGCCGGCAUUUCCCAAACCGCGAUUUUGAGACAUUGGGGUUCGAGGAGGGAGAGACAUGUAUCUUGACGUGUUUCGCGAUGGUGCGACCCAGGUGGGAUUCUCGCUAGCUUCCGGGGCUCGAUUCGAAAAACAUACUCUUCUAUUCUCUUGUAAUACAUUCAGUUCUGUGUCUAUCGUGGAUGUUAAGAAUGUAGAGCAAGGCAGUUUCCAAUGUGAACCAGUGCUGUGAGAUGAUCAGACGACUGUUCUGCCUUUCUCUCUUGUGUGUGCGUAUGGGGGUCGAAUGAUGUUGACAAGGCAUCGAAGCUCGAAGCCGUAUUCCCGAGCGCUCUGGCUUGUAAAGGCAAGGGUCGCACACGAUCGAUUAUGCCGUGACCUUGGACCAUGGAAUCUGAGCUCCAUCCGAGGUUGAUGCCCGGGAAAGAGUCAGGAUACCAUGGCAGGAUCGGCAGUUUCCGAUCCGGGCGAGCUCGUCUCCCUCCCACCCGGCCUGGCGCGCAUUCCAUUCGGCUCGAGACAGGCCUUGCGGCUCCUCCCGGUUGCCCUUCAGGGACACCAGGGGUUGGUUCGUUGUGUAGUUUGUAACACCCUGG